UUUUUAGACCGCCCUUUUCAAAAUGGCGUUUGGCAGGCUGGCUGUGACAAUAGCUUCGGUGACUCUCGGCGUUUUGUUCGUCUUUAAGGGCGCCGUGAAGCUAUUUCCCGAAGUGAACGAAGAAAUCUACAAAGACUUCGUGAUGCGGUUCGCUCGGUUCUCUCCAGUCUUCCCUCUGGCAGACCUGACCGGAUUCCGCCCCCCUCCCGACCUCUACCGACAGUUUGUGGCCUGGACGGAGCUGGUCGCCGCGCCAAUACUCGUUUUCUUCGGCGGAACCCUCGGAACGGUCGCAAACGUGAUCCUUUUUGGGGUGAUGCUCGGAGGUGUCUCUACGCACAUGACCUUAGGUGACCCAGUAGCGCUGUACGCACAGGAACUGGGGUUGUUGGUUGUUCUCGGGUGCCUGUUUGUUCUACGGAGGGUCGAGGCUUCCAAAGAAGCGAAAGAGAAGGAACAGUGAGAGUGACUAUCACUUCUGCCAGAUAUAUACAAGUCUUCCUGUGGUAACAUUGGGCUUUGGCAACCAACCUUCAACAAAGCAGUCAGAGAGAGCAGUCUUCACCACAUCUAGCAAACUGGAA